AUGACCACCACCGAGUACACGACUUGUUGUUUUCCCGCGGCUCGUUCACCCGUCGACUACUGCUUCAAACCGUGCAUUCGUCCCAAUUGGUGCUCGAAACCGGGGCUCUGGGACCCUCAUGCCGUAACGGAGAUCUGUUUGCCCAUUUUGGCGAGAUCCGUGUACUCUGCUACGAGGACGAUGCAUCUGGAGAAGGCGUCUUUCGAUGAGCCUUGUGGCCGAAGAAUACCUGAUGGUGAUAUUUGUAGAGGCAUAACGAUGUACACAGAGCCUUGGCAUAGGGAGGACUGUGUUGAACGAGCUGUUCAACGCUACAUAUGCUUCCCCUGCAAGAUGGAGCUCACUGAAUGCAUCGACUUGAGACCGGAACGAGCUCUGGCUGUGCUUCUCUCCUAUCUCAAACAUCGUGGACCCUUUCUUGUUUGGAUUUAUCGUGGAAAAGAAACCGCCUAUAAUAUUGGAAGACAUCUGCCAAGAACGGUUAUUCAAUUCUUGACCCACCUUCCAGAGGUUGAAAUGAGUGCAGCAGUUGCAAUUGGACGAUAUUUAAGCCACCUUCUACGAAUUGCCUAUGGACAUCGAAUGAUGAAUAUGCGAAAGACUCUGGCUACAGUUUGGGGUCCUAUCUUCCUCAAGGUCGAGCCUGCAACCGAUAUAAAACCACCUAUUCGUAUGACUGAAUGCGAGAAAUUUGACGCAGCUGUUGAGAUAUUCUCUCGAAUGCUGGAAACUGUUCCUUGGCAUACAGUGACACCCUUCCAGAAGGUCACACUUUCCAUGCUACCCAACGAUCCCUGCAGCUUCAUGACUACCAACAGCAUUCGCAAUGACUGCGUUCAGGAGCUUAUGAAGGAGCAUCCUCAUGCUAAAGGCGCUCUCGCUGACAUUCUUCUCUCUGAAGCCAUAGAAGAGGCCAAACAAGUUGAGGAGGCAAAAGAGGAGGCGAAAAUUUGUGAAACCGAGGUUGAGAAAGACCUAGGCUGUGUCACAAACGAUGUCUGUGUUUAUCAUGAAGCCCCGUUGAGUCGUUGCCCACCAGAUACGUGUGACUUGACCUAUGGAGCGAGGACUCGACUGCCACAACAGGACAAGACUUCGUAG